AUGGCGCCGUUCGUGUCCAGGUUGCUGUCGCCAUCUCCGUCCCACGAGGCCUCCACCUGGAGCCGCCGCCUCCUUCCCCGAGCAACAAUGGCAUCGCCCAAUCCCAGCCCGGCCGGCCGUCGAAUCGCGCCGCCGCCGCCGGCCAGCUGUCCAGCAAGGCGCUUCGCCCCGAGCUGCGCCUCCGCAUCAGACCGCGGCGGCGCGAGCGCGACGGCGGCGGGCCUGGACACAGCCGAGGAGGAGGAGGCAGAGGUCGACGAACUUCCGUUCGUCCAUCUGUCUUCGGACAUCCUCCAGACGGAGCUGAGCUUGCUCAAGGCCGACGCGCCCCCGGCCGGCGGCGUCGGCGACUCGUCUCUCGGCAUCACCGCUCUUGAGAACGGAGACGGCGAGGAUGUUAGCCUCUCGGGAGGAAGAGAAGCCGCUGCUUACCCGGCUGCCAUGAACGCGUUGUACGCGGCCUGCCUCGCCGGGAACGUGACCGAGCAGCUGUGGAACUUCACCUGGCCCGCCGCCAUCGCCACGCUGCACCCGAGCCUCCUCCCUGUCGCCGUCCUCGGCUUCUUCUCAAAGCUCGUGGUGUUCGCGGCGGGCCCGCUGGUGGGGGAUCUCGUGAGCUCGCUCCCUCGUAUCCCCGCGUACCGAUCACUGACGGUGAUCCAGACGGCUGCGCACCUGGUGUCGGCGGCGAUGGUCACGUACGCCUUCACCGUCCCUCGAACUUCAUCUGCCUCGGCGCUGCUCCUGCAGCCGUGGUUCGCCGUGCUGGUGGCGUCCACGGCCGUCGACCGCCUCUCCUGCGUCUCCCUCGGCGUCAUCGCAGAGCGCGACUUCGUCGUCCAGCUAGCAGGGGAAGGCAGGCCGAUCGCGCUGGCGCGGGCGAACGCGGCGCUCAGCAGGGUCGAUCUCCUCUGCGAGAUGGCGGGGGCGUCCAUCUUCGCCGUGCUGCUCGCCAGGAACGACCCGGGGACCUGCGUCAGGCUCUCCUGCGCCAUCUCGCUCUGUUCCCUGCCCCUUCUGUUUUUUCUAGGCGGCGCCAUGAAUCGGCUCGCAGACGGCAUCUUCGACCGCUCUGCUGCUAGUGCUAGUCCGGCCCCGCUCGAACGGUCCGGACGACAUGGGAGGAGCACGGCGGUCGGCGAGGCCUGGGAGACCAUCAGGCGUGGCUGGACGGAGUACCUCCGGCAGCCCGUCCUCCCGGCGAGCCUCGCCUACGUGCUCGUCUGCUUCAACGUCGCGCUCGCGCCCGGCGCUCUCAUGACCACCUUCCUCAUCCACCAUGGCGCGAGCGCGUCGGUGCUCGGCGCGUUCGGCGGGUCGUCGGCAGUGGUGGGGAUCCUGGCCACGUUCGUGACUCCAUACCUUGUCAAGGAGCUGGGCAUUCUCAAGGCCGGAGCGGCAGGGCUGGUCGCGCAGAGCGCGCUCCUGGGCGCCGCGGUCGUGGUCUUCGUCACCGGCCCCGUCUCGCGGCGCGGCGCCCUGUUCGUUUUCCUCGGCUUCAUCGUGGCGUCGCGGCUGGGGCACAUGGCGUACAGCGUCAUCGGGCUGCAGGUGGUGCAGACGGGGAACCCCAUGGGGAAGGCCAAGCUGAUCGGCGCCACGGAGAUCGCGAUGGCCAGCCUCGCCGAGCUCGCCAUGAUGGCUGUCGCCGCUGUCGCCGGGGACGCCGCGCACUUCGGCUGCCUGGCCGCGCUCUCGGCCGCGUCUGUCGCCGCCGCCGCAGGCCUGUUCUGCGCGUGGCUGGCCAACCCCACCGACGACCUCAGGAGGCUCUUCCCAUGCUAA